AUGUCUCUCUUCAAGCGCUCCAACAAGAACAAGACUUCCUCUGCUGUCUCGACCCCAGCCCAGACUCAUCGUGUCUCGAUGCAUACCCUCCGUGAUGCCGACGACCUCUUCCCCUGCCUCCAAGUCUCCCGCGACUGGUUUGACCUCUUCCAGCCUCAGGUUCUCCGUCGUGUCGAAUUCGUCAACCUCAAGAAGCACCAGACGUGGGCUUUACUCGACAGCGCAGCCCGGAUACAGACCCUCUCCAUCGACAUAUCCGAUGCUGGCUGGUUCUUGAACAACCCCUCUUCACCCUGCACCAACCUCAUCGAGCUCCACUGUAUCGACUAUGACUAUCAGCCUAAGGAUAUGAAUUUCUGGGGGCUAUCGCCGUCGAUAGUCGACCAGACCAGGAAUGCGCUCUUGCUAGUCGAGACCAACCCCAAGCUCCGCACUCUGUUCGUCGAACACAAUGAGUGGAGGUACAAAGACGACCACUUCACAGAACCGGUUUUCAAGUCACUGGCGACACACACGUCCCUUACCCGGAUCCACAUCAGCCUCCAAUCCAUCUCUUUGCCAUUCCGAUACACCCUCUACAACAACCUCCCUGUCAGUAUCCGGGACUUGGAGUUCCGCUACCGGAGCUUAUAUUCCUCCUGGGAUGAGAGUGGUUCCGGCACAACCCACGAGCCCAAGCUCACGACAACUCUACUCCCGACCCUGGAACGACUCUGCCUCAGUGGACCUCAGAAACGAGUGACUUCCCAUUGGCAGGAAGAGGUGUUCAUUCCUUCACCAUUCUCUCCCGCACGGCAACCUAUCCAUGCCAACUACUAUGACCCAGAAGCGGCAACUCUGAUCAAAAGGGCUCCUCGGCUUCGGGAUCUUGUUCUGCGGGACCACUAUGGAAUGUUGCAGGAAGUAUUGCAGCUCUUGGUCACCUCUUGCCCUGAUAUGGAGACAAUCGACCUUUCGAUCGUGGAGGCUGUUGCACAAGACGACGAUAUCAUCGAGACGACAACAACAACAACGAGUUCAUUAUCGCCAGGAUCUCGUUUCGCCAAACUGAAGGAGUUUAGGAUCGAAGGCGAGUGGUCACCGUCGACUCAUCAUGCGAUUGCAGAAUUAGUGUCUCGGUCAACGGAUACUCUGGAGAUUGCUUGGCUCGAUCGCGGUAGUUGGCUGCCAAUCAUGGACAUUGCGAACCCUUUUCACAUUGGGACCAAGGCCAGUUGGACUUGUUGCACUCAGCUCAAGGAGUUGGUCCUUUACCAGGAAAAAGGAUUCUCGAUGUCGGACUACUGCUGGAAUGCCCCUGCUCAUUCUCGCACCAUCCCAGACGCCGUUGAGGAGGACUACUCGACCGUGUUCAGUCGGCUGGAAAAGUUACGGUUGUCUGUGGUGGAGCCGCUCUGGCAAGAGUGCCCUGAUGGUUACCACACUGGAAUUGUUUUUCAAGCUGAGGGUGAAUGGAGUGCUGUGGAGUUUGAUGACGACUGGAAUCCGAUCACACGCGAUGUUUCUGCGAAGACACCCGAAGACGAUAUCCGCGACCGAGAGUUGAAGCAAGCAACACAGAGGAAGGAGUGGGAACAUCGACUGGCAUUCAUCCUGCAGGUUCGAGAACUCUAUGGCCGACUCAAGGACCUCAAGCAGCUCCGUGCGCUGGAGAUUGAGUGGUGUGCGUGCUCUUCCAUCCGCGACAUGACUCUGGACGUUGUCCUUCAAUUGUUCUAUGAGACAGAGUUUGAUGAGGAUGACGCCAGGGGCAUCAACUUCAAGCGGAGAGAGGACCUUACAAGGACGAGCAAAGGAUGGUGGGGCCCCAUCACCACAGCAGAUCUCAGCUGGCUCGGUCUGUCAUGGCCCACACAAGCGGAAUUGGAAGCCGAAUCGAACGUCCAACAGCUAGCAUCGAUUGCCCUCAAGAACUCGGAGGUCGAACCCAACACUUCAUACGCACGACUUGCAGAUCCAUUUCGCCGACAUGUGGGUCGUGUCUGGGAGGACUGGAUGUACCUUGUUGGGUCGUGCCCUCAUCAUUGGUGUGAUCGCGUGCGGAAUGGGGACCGUGUUGGAUAUUGUAACUGCAGAUCUCGAACUGAUUUUCUUGACGCUGCCAUUGACGGAUACGAGGCGCUCGAUAGUGACCAUGUCGUGUACAGUCGUGAGUUUGAGUCUUUUAGUGGUGGGAUGAUUGUGGAGAGAGAAGGGCGAUGGGGAAGCAGGAAGGCCAAUCGUGCAACCAAUUCCAAGCCUCAGUCCUCUCUCACAACAACCCAAGAAACACUCAAGCCAGUCAUGUCUUUCUUCAAGCGCUCCAACAAGAACAAGACCUCUUCUGCUGCCUCGACCCCAGCUCAGACCCCUCGCACCUCGAUGCAAACCAUCCCUGAUACCACCGGUACUAAGAUGACCCCCGAAAAGGCCCUCUACAAGAUCAGCCACAACAUGAUGUCCAACGCCUCGACCGGUCCUUUCAUCCGCUAA